UCCCGCUCGUAGUUCAUGGAGAGGCGUCUCUCCUCCUCUCCCCCCCCCCCUCCCUCCCCCGAGUCUGGGCUGAAGGAGUCGCAGGUGAGAGGUGACUAUCUCGGUGGGGCCACGCUGACCAUGCUCAGGAGCUUCUGUCUUCAGCUCAUGUCCUUGCUUUGGAUCCUGGUGGCCCAUCACCAUUUUACACAAGGUGAUGACUGCAGUGACCACUGUAACUUGGCUCAUGGAAGCUGUGACGAGGACGGCAAAUGCAGGUGUGACAAAGGCUGGGAAGGGGAAUACUGUGAACAGUGUGUGAGGAUGCCAGGCUGCAAGCAUGGGACGUGCCACCAACCCUGGCAAUGCAUCUGCCAAAGUGGCUGGGCUGGCAAGCUGUGCAAGAAAGACGUGCAUGUCUGUGAGCACCAGACCCCGUGCCAGAAUGGAGCCCAGUGCCUCUACGACCGAGAUGGGGAAUAUUCUUGCCUGUGCCUUGAAGGAUUCCAUGGAAAGAACUGUGAGCUGAAGACGGGGCCAUGUGAUAAGGCAGGGUCCCCUUGCAAGAAUGGCGGAGAGUGCCUGGACCAGAACGGCUUUGCUAACAACUACACCUGCAAGUGCCUGGCAGGAUUCAUUGGCACCCACUGCGAGAUUGACGUCGACGAUUGCCUGAUGCGUCCCUGUGCCAAUGGUGCCACCUGCCUCGACGGCAUCAACCGCUUCUCCUGCCAAUGCCCCACUGGCUUUGAAGGGCGUUUCUGCAGCAUCAACGUUGAUGACUGCGUCAGCCAGCCGUGCAGAAAUGGGGCAAAGUGUUACGACCGCGUCAACGAUUUCGAUUGUCUGUGUCCCGAGGGCUUUGCUGGCAAGACCUGUGAGCUCCUUGCUCCGGAGCCGACGUGGGUCACCGCGUUUCACGCUGAUCCCAAGGGGCACGGCAACGACGUCGUGAGAAGCACGGCCAGCAGCAACCCUUGGACAACCCAGUCUGAGUCCGUCCGGGUUGUGGUGACUGGGAAGCGGGUCACUACCUACAGUGAGAAAUCAAAUGGGGGAGGGCUGUUGAUCUCCGUGAAAGAGGUGGUGACUCAGCAGGACUCAGGGCUGAGUCAGUCGCAGCUGAUUUUAGUGCUGGUGUUUGGGCUGCUCACGGCCCUCCUAGUCUUGGUAACUGUGUUGGUGCUGCUGAAGAACUGGCAGAGGGGGCGCCGGAGGUGCCAAAGCCCCUCGCAGUCUGCAAGGAAACUCCAGGACCAAGAGUGCCAAGUGGGCAUGUUGAGUACGGUCUUGAUAGAACCCAGGAAAACAACUGAGCUGUAAGGACCCCCCUGAGUCAGAGCCUGGCUGACCUCUUUACACCCACCAGAUGAGUCAAGGAAUUCUCCGAGCAGUGUCCAGGGGGAUGCUCUGGCCGUCCGCCUCCAAAGCACCGCGGGCUCUGGUUGAACUCAAGGCUGUGCAUCGCCAGGGAAGAGGAUGUCCACGAGGCAGCAGAGCCUUUGCUUGAAAGCGGAGUCCUUGAAUGCAUGCAGCUUAAAGCCACUGGCUUGGUGGCAGCAAUGUCUUAAGGGCAGCCAAGGAAGUGCUGGGUCACGAUAAAGCCAGGGCUGGAAACAGCAAGCAAGAUAGGUGGAUGUCAUCCCACAAGCGCUCCAAGGGAGUUGCUAGAAUGAGGCUAAGCAUGCCAGGACAGGUUGCAGUAUUUGGCUAAGCCCUUAAGCAUCUGGUAACUCUUGGUCAGAGUCAUUGGAGGUAUCCUAUGGCCUGUCUGUUUACUCAAGGGGGCCCAGGAACUGCUCUGUGUAUGCCCCACCACCACCCUCUAGCACAGGUGAUAUGGGACCCCCAUUCUGCCUAGAGGCCUUUCAGUCUGUUUUCCUAAGGACCUUGUGGUGCCAUGAGCCACUUUGCUGCCUACAUUGACCAUUCUAGAUCAUUGUCUUGCCCAUUGUGUCCUGUACUAUGUCCGGUCUUGAUCUGGCUGCAAAUGUAUGGAACCUCUGAAACAAAACCCUUCUCUUCCCCCCCUCCCUGAAAGGUUUAUUCAGACCCUGAUUUCACACAUCGUACUCCCUAGAACCUCAUUUUCUCAGCUCUGGUGUCAGGAAGGGUCAAAAGCAAACACCAAGCCAACUUCCCCUACUCAGUCUCAGAUUGCUGGCCUGAGACUCUUCACUUGCCGGAAAAGAAAUGGCUGUGUAUGAAGCUGGAAAUAUGAGGCCUAGCAAUCCUGAUUCCAAGGCCUGAUGUCUGUGAGAGAUCAAACUUGGGAGCGAACCAGAAGCAACCAGGAUAGCACUUUUCAGUAGCACAUGUUGAACCAUACUGAUGCCUUAAGGCAAAAAAGUAUACUUCCAAGGAUGUAUCCCAAAACAUUGGUCCAUCAAGCCUGGUAGUGUCUGCACUGACUGGCAACAGCUCUUCAGGGUUUCAAAUUGGGGGUCUUUCUCAGCCCUUCCUGAAGUUGGUGAGGAUGGAGCCUGAGAUCUUUUGCAUGCAAAGGUUCUGUUCUGUCUACAAACAGCUAUUCUCCUUCCCUAAGUGGAAGUAAAGGCGGUGGGUGAUCUCAUAAAACAAUUCAUAUUUGGCUACAUAGUGACAGCAAUGAAGGCAGUACAGUGGUACCUCGGGUUAAGUACUUAAUUCGUUCCGGAGGUCCGUUCUUAACCUGAAACUGUUCUUAACCUAAAGCACCACUUUAGCUAAUGGGGCCUCCUGCUGCUGCUGUGCCACCGGAGCCCGAUUUCUGUUCUUAUCCUGAAGCAAAGUUCUUAACCUGAAGCACUAUUUCUGGUUAGCGGAGUGUGUAACCUGAAGCGUAUGUAACCCGAGGUACCACUGUACACACAUUUGGAAAAGCGUUGGAAAACUCAUUCAAAGACCCAUUUGCUGGAGGACAAGAUAGUCUGUAUAGACACUGUCUACACUUGGGUGCAUGUGCUUGGUGCACGUCAAAAUGCAGGUGGUGUCUAUGCACACUGUUGCUCUCAUCUCGAUGCACCCUUACGUUUGUGUAGGUAGAGAUGCUCAUCUGGAGAGGGGUGCUUGGGGUGCUCUGUUGGCCUGCCUCCAACUCCCGCCUCUGACUCCCGCCUUCCGAACUUCUGCAGAGAACCUGCGUACAUACAGAUCCAGCAUUUAUAGGAUCACAACACACAAUCUGUGCCCUACAGAAAUGGAAGGUACAAACUGCACAUUCAGAGUCUAUUUGCAUCAAACUGUAUGCACACAGUCCCUUGCGCAGAAUACCAACAAACGGAGUUCACAGGUGGGAUCAGUAAGCAGAAUAACAUUUCGACCCAGGGUUGGGCUUCAGACUGGGGGUAAUGCCGCUUCGUAGACACGACAGAUACCAGUCUGGUUGCCAAGGCAACAGGGACCUGUUCCUCCUGCUGCCUUAAACGUUUCUGCUCCCUUUUGAGGGAAUACUCCCUAGGGUUUUU